AUCCAGCCACGAUAUCCUCCUCCCAAUAAAUUAACUCAACAGAUUAUGCUCCACAUCGAUCCUCAUUACCAAAUAUAUAACUCUGUUUCAAUCCCUAAUAAUUGUUAUUGGUAUUACAUAACUCAUCUAUAUCUAUUCCGUUAUAUUCGGACCAAAACUGCUCCUCAAUCCAGAAUACUAAUUCCGUUGAUUAUAUAAAUCUGCUAUAAGGAGAGGUGCAGUUGAAGGAGCAAUUUUGGAAGAAAAUGGAUGUGAUGGAAAAGAGAGAAGUGGAUGAAGAGGGAGAGAGGUUGUUGGAAGGGGUGAGGGUGGUGGAUUUUGAUAUGUUGUGUUCAACGGUGGCACUACAGGCACAAAAGGGACAGUGGGUGAAGUUGAAUUUGAAUAAUGGGGAUGAGGAAAAUGUUGGUUAUGAUUACGGAGGAGGAGCUGUUUUGAGAAUGUGGGAAGGCGAGCUUUUCUGUGACUCUCUUGAGGACCGUCGCAUCGCUAUUCAAUCCCUUUGCUGCCCAUGGUACAGAUUUGGGAAGAAUAUGAAACGUGCUGGUUUUGGUUCCUGCUUUGUUCAGGGUUCUAUUUAUUUGAUUCUCAGUCUUGUUGCUCUCCUAAGCAUGCUAGCAUUCAUUGUCACAAAGAAGCACUGCUUUCUCUACAUAGGCGGUGGUUUUAUAAUCUCAGUUGGAUUAUAUUUGGGUUAUCACCGCACAAAAAUGAGAAACAAGUUCAAUAUCAGAGGCGAUAGUUCUUUGGAUGAUUGCAUCUUCCAUUUGACCUGUCCAUGUUGCACCUUAUCUCAGGAAGCUAGAACAUUAGAGAUGAACAAUGUCCAAGAUGGCAUUUGGCAUGGUAGAGGUGAUACCAUAUGCAUAGGAAGUUAUUCUGAACUUGGCAAGACUCCGUUGGAACUAAGUCCGCCUGCUAUUGUGUCUACAAAGUCUCCUGAACCAUAAACUCUGCAAGGUUCAGAACGCAACACAGAAUGAAAAUACGCUUAGUAGUCAAUUCUAGAGUAGAGCAUCCUUCACAUUGUUCUUUCCCUUGAAAAGUUAAGCCUACAAGCAAGGAUCUGAAUUAGGAAAUUCUUUUUCCAGAAAGGAAGAAUUUCAUUUAACUUGCCUAUGAUCAAAAGGGGAAGAAUCCCAUAUAGGUUAUCGCUAUGUAAUGUUAAGGCACAGAAUGCCUGCUGGGUUUUAGGAAGCAAAAGGCAUUUUCCAGCAUCAAAGUGGCAAAUGCUUCAGAAAGAUUUGCUUCCACUUUCAAAGAUGUAUUGCAAAUAUGAAACUUGCAAGCAUAUGUAAAAUAUGUAGUAUAGGCAAUUGCUUCCAAAAAGAAUGAGGGAGGCAGUUGCUUAUUGAUCACCUAGUACCAAGUCCAUUUUCUUUUUAGAAUAGCACAAGCUUUCGUGUGUAUAUAUUCCAUUGAAUCAUAGAAUAAGAGAUUCUACUUGUCUCUUGAAUUAAAUUAUUGGGGAAAAAGAAUUUUCUUCUUGA